UGUGAUAUCAAUUACGCAUUCAACCAGACAUUUUUAGCUAAGCUUAUCGUGACUAAAACGUCAUGCGUCAUCCCAUUAAGCAGGCUCUGGGUGUUAAACCGAACACACAUUACAUCACACCGCAAAUACAUUGUCCACUCAGCUCUCAAAACAAAUUCACGUCAAAUUAAACUAACGGCUCUGUCAACAUCAAUGCAAACUGCACCGGCCCACAUCGGUUGACUUAAUCAUUAAUUCAUUGCCACGCCAAGGAAGCGCCAAACCAAAACUAUGGAGCGACCCACACUUGGUAUGUGAGGCCAUUCAAUAUUAAAUACUCGCUACUUAGUUACCUCACCGCAACCGCUCCGAGUGGACAGUCAGUGCAGAAGAAAACCCACUUAAGUGACCUGUUAUCCCCUUUCUAAACAUAUAAGGACAUGUCUAAAUUAACUGUGACGAAUUUCACGAAGCGGACGGGAAGUCCGUUCAGCAAGAAUGAAACAAUCGAAGUGAAACAUGAAGAAGUUCUUCAGAAAUCUCCCUUUGAAAAGCAGAAGGAGAAACAAAGUGAACUGCUACAGAAGGUAAAUAAGAAGACUGCUGAGUAUCAAUCGAGUAAACCUAGUUCUGGAGUGUUUACUGAAGUUACUACAUCUGGCGCGUUUACAUCUAAGAAUACAACAGUAAAAGAAGCUACAAAGAAUGAUACAAGAGCAUCACCUCCUAAAAACAUCCCUAAUGGAAAUGGAUCUAAGGCUCUCCUAGGUUUCCCAUCAUCGGCUAAUGACUUGGCCCUUGAUGCCAAAUCUGAUCUUGAAGCCGAUGCAAACAUAUCAAAAGAAACAAAAGACAAGGUGAUCGAGAAACUGUUUACUUUAGUGUCUAUGGUGCAGCAUGUUUUCGAGUCUAAAGUGAGAAUCAUGCAGGAACUUGAGAAGUACAAGGAUACGCAUAUGAAGAAUGAAAUAAGGAGAGAAAAGGAACACGCAGAACAGCUGUAUAAGUUGAAUAUGAAUUUCCAGAACGAAGUUGUUCAAUCGAUUCAGAGAUUGAAGAGUGAGUUAGAUAUUUCGAGGAAUGUAUCUGAAAAUGUGGAAGACAAAGGUAAUGCAAAUGACAUAUCGAUAGAGUUCACCACAAAAUCACAAGUUAGCGAGGAGAACGAUAUUGAAAUUAAGGUGGAUGACAAAUCAGAAGGAAGUGAAGAGUGAUGAUGCCAUUUUAUGUAAAAAAUACUGUAUUAUAAAUCAGAUUUUGUG